CGGCGUCAUGUGAAAAUUUUCAUAUUUUUAGUAUUGCAGUCGAAACGAACGUAGUUGGUUUAGCGGCAGUUGAAGUUGAUUUUAUUUUCUAACGUGAUCUUUUUUACAAUAAUUACUUUGCAAAACAAUUAAAAAAAUGUCCAAAAGAGAACCGGCAGGCAAGUUUACCCUUCAUUUAGUUUUAUUGAGACAACAAAUUAAUGUUUUUUUUUAUUUAUUCCUUUUUUGUUUUAAAAACUUCAGGUCAGUCGACGGAAAUGAAUUUCGAAGAAGCACUUAUCGAUGCAAUACAACGGCAUGAAUGUCUGUUUCAUAAAGAUUCGAUAUUUUAUCGAAAGAAAAAUGUCAAACAGAAGGCAUGGAACAAAGUGGCAUCGGAGACAGGAGCUAGUGUUAAAGAAUGUCAACAUCGUUGGAGAUCUCUUCGUGAUCGUUUUGUGAGAGAAACCAGAGCGAAAAGCCAAUGCAAAUGGAGAUAUAUGAACCGACUUGUAUUUUUAAUGCCACAUUUAGAUUCACGAGAAAGAAAAAGAAGUUCUACUGCUAUUUGUAAAACUAAGAAUGAAGGAGAAGAAGAAGAAGAAGAAUCAUGCAGUGAAACAGGUGGUUACGCUACCGUUGACUAUGAAUUAACACCGUCUUAUUUAGAAGAAUCUAUAGAUAAUUCAUUAUUGACAGUACCCAAAAUCAAAAAACCAAAAUUGGAAAACAAUAUCGAUGUUGAACAAGAAAAAAUUGCAAUCGUUUCUAUUCCAUCAAUGCCGUCGGCGUAUGUUUCGACGGAAUUUUGCAAUACGCCAGAAAUGACAGCACCAACAACAUCAAAGAAAAUUACAACAAAAAUUGAACCAAAAAGACGACGAGUAGAUUCUCAAGAAUAUGAUGAAAGGUCUAGGAAUUCAUUCGAGUAUGUUGAAGAAUAUGAAGAUUUUGAAGAACAACCAAAGAAAACACCAACAAAAAGCAGAAAUGAAGAUUACUAUAAAACUCUGGAUAGUUAUAUGCUUCGACUUCCUCAAGAUGUUCAAGAUGAUCUUAAAAUUGAAAUACUUAACAGAGUUUACAGCGAAAUUAAAAAACAGUAAUUUUGUCGAAAUUUGAAUUCAUUUGA